AUGAGCCCGAGCCCGAGCCAGCAAAGCAUUCACGACGCCAAACCAUUCUCCGACUUCUUAACAGACACCUUCAACCGUCAGCAUGAUUACCUCCGCAUAUCGCUCACUGAGCGCUGCAAUCUACGAUGCCUAUAUUGCAUGCCAGAGGAAGGCAUCCAGCUGUCACCGAAGAAGGAACUCCUUACCACGGCCGAAAUAUACUACUUGUCCGCGCUGUUCGUCAACCAAGGUGUAAAUAAGAUUCGAUUGACUGGGGGCGAACCGACCGUGAGGAAGGACAUCAUUCCGCUUAUGCAGCAGAUUGGAAGCUUGAGGCGGAACGGUCUGAAAGAGAUUGCAUUAACUACGAAUGGGAUCUCGCUACAUCGAAAGCUGGACGAUAUGGUAGAAGUUGGUUUGACCGGAGUCAACAUCAGUCUGGACACGCUGGAUCCACACCAAUUUGUGCUCCUGACGCGGAGGCAAGGCUUUGAUGCUGUCAUGAAGAGUAUCAACCGAGUACAAGAGAUGAACAAAGUCGGGGCAGGCAUCAAGUUGAAGCUCAACUGUGUUGCGAUGCGCGGAUUGAACGACCAUCAGAUCCUGCCCUUCAUUGAGAUGACGCGAGAUCAAGAUGUCGAGGUCCGUUUCAUCGAAUAUAUGCCGUUCGGUGGUAAUAAGUGGUCUGAGAAGAAGAUGCUGCCCUACACCGAGAUGCUGGACCUCAUCAGGACGAAGUAUCCCAGUAUCGAACAACUCAAAGGUGGUAAGAAUGAUACCUCCAAGACCUGGCAAGUGCCUGGUUUCAAGGGCAAGGUUGGCUUCAUCACGAGCAUGACGCAUAACUUUUGCGGCACUUGUAAUCGAUUACGAAUUACCUCCGAUGGCAAUCUCAAAGUGUGUCUGCACGGCAAUGCCGAAGUAAGCCUUCGGGAUAUGCUACGAAAGGAUCACGAUAACGAGCCCAUGGAUGAAGCCGCUUUUGAAGCUCUUCGACAAAUCGAGCUUGACCGACGGAAACAGGACGGCUUCCGCUUUGAUGGCGAAGAAGGCUGGAUCAGCAAGGAGCGAGAGCUUCUAGACAUAAUAGGCGCAGCAGUGAAGCGGAAGAAAGCAAAGCAUGCUGGCAUGGGGCAAUUGGAGAAUAUGCAGAAUCGACCGAUGAUCUUGAUUGACUCUCUUACUGGCAGCGAGGCAUCUGGUGAGGCCCAAACGAAACCAAAACUCACCCAUGUGACUUCCAGCGGAGAAGCACGCAUGGUCGACGUAGGCGGCAAGGAAAACACAAAACGAAUCGCCAUCGCCCACGCGACGGUCUUGUUUUCCAACCCGGAGCCGCUCCAAUUGAUUCUCGAAAACACUAAUAAAAAGGGCGACGUCCUCGGCGUGGCACGCAUCGCAGGUAUCAUGGCGUCGAAGCGAACCGCAGACCUGAUCCCACUGUGUCAUCCAAUCCCAAUCAGCAAAGUUGAGUUGGAUGUCCGUCUCCACGCACCAGGUCAAGCCGCCCUCGGCAAUGCAAAACCAAGUCAAUCUGGCGCCGUCACCCUUCUGGCAACGGUAGAGUGCGUGGGUCCAACGGGCGUUGAAAUGGAAGCCCUGACAGCCGUGUCUGGGGCUGCACUCACGGUGUUUGACAUGUGCAAAGCCGUCGAUCGCAAUAUGACCAUAGUGGCGACGAAGGUCAUGUAUAAAAGUGGUGGGAGGAGUGGGAUCCUCAUCACAUCGUCCCCACCCCUCAACGCAUCCCAAAACUCUUCUGCGCUCUCCGCGCCCAUCAUCUCCAGGAGCGCCUCACCGUCCAUCCACCCCUGA